GAGUGUGUGAGACGCCAUAGCCAGUGCGAAACGCGCGAAAGUUUGACGUUUGCUUGGAAAUAUUAGUUGCCAUGUUUUUUAAGGCUCUGCUGUUCUCCGCGGUAUGCGCUCUAGCGUACUCACAAAACUACGGCCCGACAACAACCCCUGUGCCGAUCUUGAAGCAGAUCAACAGACAGAACGAUGACGGUUCAUACAGCUUCGGCUACGAAGCCGCAGACGGUUCCUUCAAGAUUGAGACAAAGUACCCCAACGGUGACGUAGCGGGAAAAUACGGGUACGUCGAUGAAACAGGCAAAGUCAGGGAGGUUUCGUAUGGUGCGAGCAGUAAGAGAGGAUUCGAGCCUGUAGGCACAGGAAUUAUGGUGCCACCACCCACACUGAACGACCCAGUAACAAACGCCUUAACCGACGGCCAAGAAGACGACGGCCAGUACCGUGAAGACCCGAGAAUUUAUGAAGACCCGAAGUAUAACAGCAAAUCUCAAGCUAGACCGUUUUCAGCCAGACAGUACCAACAACCCGCCAUACCUCAAGCCAGCUUCCAGACCAGCUUCCAAUCUCAACCCCAACCCGCUUACCAACAGCAAAAGUACCAGCAGCCCCAGUACCAGCAACCCCAGUACCAGCAACCGCAAUACCAGCAACAGUACCAGCCCCAACAGCCUCUUUACUCCCAACAAACUAGUCUCUUCAACCAGUCUCCUCAACAGUUCAAUCAAGAUAGACCUCAGAGCCAGAUCUACCACCAACAACCCCAGUUCUCUUACCAAGCGUACACUCCCCAGCCAUACCAGAACUACCAAACCCAGAACUACCAAUCCCAAGCCUACCAGAACCAAAAUUACAACCCAUUCAGUGGUCACCCAGCGCAAAACUUCGAUCCUAACACUGGAUCCUACAGCAUUAACUUCACUGGUUAACUUUUAAUUUAGUAAUAUGAUUAAAUAUAAGUUUUUUGUAUGAAAAGCUUAAAUGUAGAAUAUAAACUUUUUAAAUUUAAACAUUAAAUUUCCUCGAAUGGAGAGUAUUUUGGAAGAAUAUUUUUAUGUACUAAAAAGUUAUUUAUUUAUCAAUGACAUGGACUUAA